UUAGUAUAGUAUAGAUUAUAUUUCUUUCCCUGUAAAUAGAUUUUCAUUGAAGGGUUUUGAAUCUUGUUGAUGUAUCACUUUCACUCAAGGCCGGACGGGAUAUGCAUGCAUGUUGAAAAGAAUGACCACCACUUUAAUAUAAGAGAAAUAUAGGUUUUGAAGGUUUACAAAAAAAUGUCAUAGAAAUUAAAUUUAAUCGUAGAAUCUAUAGUAAACAAAAGUUAUAACCUAUACACAUACAUUCAUCACUAUUCAAAUGGAACCUGAAACUUCGAAUACUCUAAAAAUCCAAAAUUAAUAUAAGAAAACAUAUACAACUUCAAGUAUUUUAGAUACUUUGUACAUUGUAAUAAACAUUACACUAUUCCCCAAAAAGUCGAAACCUGAUUCACAAGAAAACCUUCAAUAAAGAGAGAAUCCACUGUGACUUCAUGAACCAACUCUCCGACCCACCUUCUUCACAUUCCUCUAAUCUAUCUCCUAUACUAUAUAACCACUCUCACAUUUCUCUACGAUCGUAUACGUUUACACAAGCAUCAUCUUCAUCAUCGUUCAACAGAGAUAAAAAAAAAACAAGAAGAUGUCGUCUGAUUGGGGUCCGAUUCUAGUGACGGUGAUACUCUUCGUGAUGCUCACGCCAGGACUUCUGUUUCAGUUGCCAGGACGACAAAGAUACGUUGAGUUUGGUAAUUUUCAGACAAGUGCUGUCUCCGUUAUCGUCCAUUCUCUUCUCUACUUCUCCCUUGCCUGCGUCUUCCUCCUAGCCCUCAAGAUUCACAUCUACAUCGGCUAAGUCCAUCCCCUUUAUUUUCUACGUUUCGUUAUGUUUUUUUUUUUUUUUGAGAAAGUACGUUUCGAUAGUUUCCAAGUUUUCUUAAAAAGUUUACGAAUUUUAAAUCGUUUUCAUAGUCCAUUUCUUUGCAUCGGACCCUUUUGAUUUAUAUGUGUAAUGAUGUGUUUACCUUUUCUCUUCUUGUAAACGCAAAGAUUGGUUCAAAUAAUAAUGUCAUUUAUAACAUUUAAUACCUGAGAUUAAUCGAUUGCAUUUAAUUUCAUU